CAAAACAACAAAUUUUUUUUUUAUUAUUAUUAUUAUUCCUGUUGUAUGCGCUUUGUGCCUUUUGCAACAAUUAUACAUCGUUCUAUAGCAUUUAAUUCAACAAAAAGAUUCAACGUUAAUAGAAAAAAUCUUAUUCCUCGUUUAUUUCAUAACAUAAUGUCUGCCGAAGCCAAUGUUAAAUCGAAACAACAACCUCCAUGGAUCGCACCUUCAACACCGUCGGUUCCUGUCUUAAAAUUCCAAAACUCACUCACCAAAACUAAGAAUGAGUUUAUUCCUAAAAAAGGUAAACAAGUUACUUGGUACAAUUGUGGUCCUACUGUCUAUGAUGCUUCUCAUAUGGGCCAUGCAAGGACAUAUUUGAGUAUGGAUAUCAUUCGUCGUGUACUUGAAGAUUAUUUCAAAUAUGAGGUUUUAUUUGUUCAGAAUAUUACAGAUAUUGACGAUAAAAUCAUUUUACGUGCACGUCAACAAUAUCUUUUCGAAAAUUUAAGAAAGGAUACCAAUCAAUUAGACGAACAGAUGAUUAAACAGACUGAGGAAGCUUGGUUGGAAUAUGCGAAUGCUAAAUUAAAAAAGUUGGAUACUGAAUUAAUUACCUUGGCUACUUCUACUUGGCCUGAAUUUGUAAAGAAAAUGACACCUGAAGAAGUUGCUAAAGUACUUGUUUUGGAUGAAAAGUUUAAAAUGAAUUUUACUGCAUUGAAUACUUCUUAUAAUGCUAUUCAAAAUGCAAAGAUUAGUUUAGAAAAAGGUAAUAAAUCAAAGGAGGCGGCAGAAGAACUUUUGAAUUCCUCUCAAGAUAUUAUAGCAGCUUGGUUAGAUGCUAGAAAAGGCCAAGAAGUGAAUGAUCCAAAGAUUUUCCGUGAUCUUCCUGCUUAUUGGGAAAGUAAAUAUUUUGAAGAUAUGGAAGCUUUGAAUGUUCGCGCUCCUGAUGUUCAAACACGUGUAAGUGAAUAUAUUCCUGAAAUUGUCGAUUACAUUCAAAAAAUUGUAGACAACGGUUAUGGUUAUGUUGCUGAUGGAUCUGUUUAUUUUGAUACAUCUCGUUAUGACGGACAUAAUGGUCAUCAUUAUGCUAAACUUGAACCUUGGUCUAAAGGUGAUACUGCUUUGAUUGAGGAUGGUGAAGGUUCUUUAGGUACCACUCUUAAAGGUAAAAAGAGCCCUAAUGAUUUUGCCUUGUGGAAGGCAUCUAAGCCUGGAGAGCCUGUUUGGGAUUCCCCUUGGUCUCAAGGUCGUCCUGGUUGGCAUAUUGAAUGUUCUGUUAUGGCAAGUGCUGUCCUUGGUGAUAACAUUGACAUUCACUCAGGUGGUAUUGACUUGGCUUUCCCUCAUCAUGAUAACGAGUUAGCUCAAGCAGAAGCUUAUUUUGACUGUAAGCAAUGGAUCAACUAUUUCUUGCAUGCUGGUCAUCUUCAUGUCGAAGGUCAAAAGAUGAGUAAGAGUCUCAAGAAUUUUAUUACAAUUAAUGAAGCUCUUAAAACCUAUUCUGCUCGUCAGCUUCGUAUCUUCUUUUUAUUACAUCAAUGGGAUGCAAAGAUGGAUUUUAAGAAAUCAAGUAUGCAAGAAGCUAUUCAGUUGGAACAGUUUUUGAAAAACUAUUUUGAUAAUACAAAGGCACUUCUUUACAAGAUUCAAAAUGAUGGUUCCCGUGGUGCUACUGAGCUAGCUGAUGGAGCUAUCACGCAUCGUUUUAGAGAACCCGAAAAAGAAAUGUUAGCCUUGUUACAAAAGAAGCAAGAUGCAGUUCAUGCUGCUCUUUGUGAUUCUAUUAAUACACCUGUUGCAAUGGACGAGAUUAUGGAUUUAGUCAGUGCUACUAACAAAUAUAUGAACACUGGUGGUGCCAAGGGUGUUAAUACUCAUUUAUUAAGCAAAAUUGCUAAAUGGAUUACAUCCAUGUUGAAGAUAUUCGGUGUUGCUGAUAACGGUGCUGAUAUUGGUUUUGGUGCUGUUACUGGUCAAACAGCUGGAAAUACUGAAGAAAUAUUGAUGCCUUACUUGCGAGCUCUUUCUUCCUUUAGAGAUCAAGUUCGACUUGGUGCUCGUAAUAAGGUAGAGCAUACACAAUUCUUGAAAAUGUGUGAUGCCCUUCGUGAUGAUCAAAUGGUUGAGUUAGGUGUUUCUUUAGAUGAUCAAGACGAUGGUACUGCACUUGUAAAGCUCGUUCCUCGUGAGGAGCUUAUCAAGGCACGUGAAAAAAAGCUAGCCAUUGCUGCAGAAAAGGAGGCUAAAAAGGCUGCCGCUGCUGCAGAACGUGAACGUAAACGUCUUGAAAGACUUGAAAAGGGUAAAGUAGCUCCACAAGAUAUGUUUAAACAAUCGGAAGAGUUCUCCAAGUUUGAUGAAAAUGGAUUCCCUACUCAUACUAAGGAUGGUGAAGAAGUUACAAAGAGUAGAAAGAAGAAACUUCAAAAGGAAUAUGAUAUGCAAAAGAAGCUUCAUGAAGAAUAUUUAAAAGAAAUGAGUAAAAACGCUUAAUAAUGAUGAUGUACACUUUAUAUAAAUAUAAAUACAUAUAAAUAUUU